AUGUCGGGCAAGUAUGCUUUCACGAAGACGCUGAAAGAGCUACGCUUUCUACAUUGCCAGACGGUAAGCUUCCCCAUGCGACAACGAGGGCCUUUCCUAACAGACGACCAGAGCGAACAGAGCAAUGCGGUCCGAUCCUUCCUGACACGAGCCUACCCGACGAUGAAGAAGAACAACCCCUACAUCCCCAUCAUGAUCCGAGAGGCGCAAGGAACAGAACCGAGAGUAUGGGCACGGUAUGAGUUUGGACGGGAGAAGAUGGAGGAUUUGAGAGGAUUGGACGACAAGGCGAUCGAGGACAAAGUCACCACCCUGGUCAAGGACGGGCAAUAG